UGUUCUGCUGGUUAAAGGCUUGUCUGCUAACCUUCUCUCUGUGCGGCGGCUGCAGAAGAGUAAGGCCGAAGUGACCUUUGGACCAACCAGCUGCCGUGCUAAGCUUGGGAAGAAGGUGCUGUGGAGACUGGAAGAGGAGACCAGCUGCAUCAAGGACCUGUGGCAGCUGCCCAUCAUCCCUUGGAAUGGGAAGACUCCAACAGCAGCAACGGCAGCAGUGGCAAAGGCAACAGCAGGAGGAGAUGCAACUGCACCAACUGAUGGGUGUUUUGUCGACGUCGUUUCUUGUGAAGACGACUUUUCUGUCCAGAAUUUCGGAUUUAUAUUUUGAGUAAUUCUAGCUCCUAAGUUCACCUAGACUCUGUCCUUAAUCCUAACA